AGACUUUCAGCUUUAUUUCAAGCUUAAAUGUAAUCUGAUGUAGUCAGUAUUUAAAGUCAGGCUCUGUUAUUGACUGAAAACAGCGACAGACUCAGACAUUUAGAACAAACUAAGAGUCGGAUCAGCACAAAUACUGACACAGAGAUGGCUGCUGGCACUGCGCUGCUCUGCUGCACUUUGCUGUUUGUCCAUGUCUUCGUCUCUGCAGACCAGAAAAACAUCACAGCUGAGUCUGGACAGAACGUCACUCUGACAUGUCGAGCUCCAAACAUCAAGAUCAAACUUUUAAAGUGGACAAAAGCUUUCCUGUGGUCAGAACAUCGCAUUUUCUACUGGAAUAGUGACUCUGAUCUAUUUGACCACCAUCCAUCUUUUAAGAACCGGGUGGAUCUGCAGGACAGACAGAUGAAGGAUGGAGACGUGUCUUUGAUUCUGAAGGAUGUGACGAUUAAUGAUGCUGGAACAUACAAGUGUCAUGUCCUCAUGGAAAAACCAUGGCAAUGGAGCAACAUCAGCAUCAUCCACCUUCAUGUUGUUCCUCCAGAGAAACCCACCACCACACCUCCACCUACAUCCGCAGCUCAUCCUGGUUCUACCUCCAUCACUCUUCCUCCUCCUCUCUCUGUGUUGUUGCCUGUUGGAGCAGUCUAUGUUGUGGUUCUACUGGUGUUACUGGUUCUGCUGGUGAGACGAUGUGUUCACAGGAAACUUGAAGAUGGAGAAGAUGACAUUACCAGUAGCAUCGCAUACAGUGUUGUGAAGUCAUCAAAUCAUCAACAGCCUCCAGUCAAAGAAACCAGAGAGGGAGAGACUGAUUCAGCUGUGAUCUACUCAGCAGUGAGAACUGAAGACGUCAGUUAUGGACAAACAACCAUCAGAACAAGGAGGCUCAGACUUUAAACCAGAGCCAGAC